CCAUCAUUGGAGAUGAAGUGUAUUAAUCACUUCAUCUUUAAGUACAAAUUCGCUGACAAAGGAUCGAAAAACACACCUUGCAGGAAUGUGCCUAUUAGAUGCACACUUUGCCAUCCAGUACUCCCUCCUGAACCCAGAAAGUCAACCUGCAAGAUCAUUUCCACCUUUGUCAAUGCUGUCUGGAGGUACAAUAUGGCAGAGCAUGUUCUCAGUCAGCAUGAGGAGUACUCCAUGCCUGGUCAUAGGGAGGCUGGUGUCCCUUUGCCA